AUGGAUACAAAACCUAAAGGGAAAGAGGCAGAAACCUCACCCUUCGUCAAAGCGCAUCUGAAAGUGCGAUAUCAAGAAGCCCUAUCAAUGGAAUUUAUAGCGCAAAACACAACAAUCCCAGUCCCUCGUAUUCUCGAUGUUUACACUGUCAAUAGAAUAGUGCACAUCCUUCAGGAACGCAUCCAAGGUCUUGUUCUAGAACUAGUCUGGGAUGAUCUGCCACUGGAUGAGAAGCGCAGUUGCAUGCUGCAAAUCAAAGACUACUUCAUCCAGCUCCGCAAUCUCAAGCCUCCUCACCCCGAACACGUCCAGUCCAUCGAUGGAUCGGGUCUCUCAGAUAACAGAGUCGAGAACUACAUCUGGGGUCCAUUCUCCAGCCACGACGAGUUCCAAAAAUCCUGA